AUGCCGUCGGCCAUGUCAAGUUCUUUGGCAGGUCGAGCUCCGGCUGUCCUCCGACAUGGUCGCCGAGUCCCUACGGCUCUGACUGGCCGCAACUUCACCCUCGCCGCCUCCAACGGCCUGGCCAGAGCCCAACUCCAGAACAGCAGUGCUAAGCUGCUUCAAAAGCGUCUCUUUACCGCGAGCGCACUUCGUCCCAGUGCCGCGCAAUCUGCGCCGAAUCCCAAGGCUUAUCUUGAGAGCGGUGUGAUCAAGCCUUCAGCGGGCGUCGAUGUCAAGAAGGUGCUCGUCAUUGGCAGUGGUGGUCUCGCCAUUGGCCAGGCCGGAGAGUUUGACUACUCAGGAUCACAAGCUCUGAAGGCUCUGAAGGAGGCCGGCGUCAAGUCUGUCCUCAUUAACCCGAACAUUGCCACCAUCCAGACCAACCACUCGCUCGCCGAUGAGGUCUACUACCUCCCCGUCACACCGGAGUACGUGACGUAUGUCAUCGAGAAGGAGAAGCCCGAUGGCAUCUUCCUGUCUUUCGGUGGCCAGACCGCCCUGAACUUGGGUGUUCAGAUGCAGCGCCUGGGUCUCUUUGAGAAGUACGGAGUCAAGGUUCUCGGAACCAGCGUCAAGACCCUCGAGACCAGUGAGGAUCGUGACCUUUUCGCCAAGGCCCUCGGCGAGAUCGACAUCCCUAUCGCCAAGUCCAUCGCCGUUGGCACUAUCGAGGAGGCUCUCGACGCUGCCGAGAAGGUCGGAUACCCCAUUAUUGUUCGUGCCGCCUACGCACUCGGUGGCUUGGGCUCUGGCUUCGCAAACAACGAGGAGGAGCUUCGCAACAUGGCUGCCCGCUCCCUUACUCUUUCCCCCCAGAUCCUGGUUGAGAAGUCUCUGAAGGGCUGGAAGGAAGUCGAGUACGAAGUUGUCCGUGACGCAAACAACAACUGCAUCACUGUUUGCAACAUGGAGAACUUCGACCCCUUGGGAAUCCACACUGGAGACAGUAUUGUCGUUGCUCCUAGUCAGACUCUGAGCGAUGAGGAGUACCACAUGCUGCGAUCUGCCGCCAUCAAGAUUGUCCGUCAUCUUGGCGUCGUCGGAGAGUGCAACGUUCAAUACGCGCUCCAGCCCGACGGCCUUGACUACCGUGUCAUUGAGGUUAAUGCCCGUCUUUCUCGCUCUUCUGCUUUGGCCUCCAAGGCCACCGGAUACCCUCUUGCGUACACUGCUGCCAAGAUCGGCCUGGGCCACAGCCUCCCUGAGCUCCCCAAUGCGGUCACCAAGACCACUACUGCCAACUUUGAGCCUUCCCUUGACUACAUCGUUACCAAAAUUCCCCGCUGGGAUCUUUCCAAGUUCCAGCACGUCAAGCGCGACAUUGGCAGUGCCAUGAAGUCUGUCGGUGAGGUUAUGGCUAUCGGCAGAACCUUCGAAGAGUCUUUCCAGAAGGCCAUCCGUCAGGUCGACCCCAAGUUUGUCGGCUUCCAGGGUGACAAGUUCGAGGACUUGGACUUCGAGCUGCAGAACCCCACUGACCGCCGCUGGCUCGCUGUUGGCCAGGCCAUGCUCCACGAGAACUACUCAGUAGAGAAGGUUCACGACCUGACCAAGAUUGACAAGUGGUUCUUGUACAAGUUACAGAACCUUGUCGACUGCCAGCACGAGCUCGAGGCGGCUGGUGGUUUGGAGAACCUCAAGAAGGACCAGCUCACCAAGGCCAAGAAGCUCGGUUUCUCUGAUCGCCAGAUUGCCCUUGCCACUGGAAGCACUGAGGACCAGGCUCGCGCUGCUCGUCUUGCCUUCGGCAUUCGCCCGUGGGUCAAGAAGAUUGAUACCCUCGCUGCUGAGUUCCCCGCCGACACCAACUACCUGUACACCACCUACAACGCCUCCUCCCACGACGUCACCUUUGAGGACAAGGGUACUAUCGUUCUUGGUAGCGGUGUCUACCGUAUCGGUAGCUCCGUCGAGUUCGAUUGGUGCGCUGUGAGCGCUACCCAGGCUCUGCGCCAGAUGGGCCACAAGACCGUGAUGAUCAACACGGAUUUCGAUACUGCUGACAAGCUUUACUUCGAGGAGCUGAGCUACGAGCGUGUGAUGGAUAUCUACGAGCUUGAGAGCGCUUCGGGCGUCGUGGUCUCUGUCGGUGGCCAGCUGCCCCAGAACAUCGCCCUCCGUCUGCAGGAGACUGGCGGAGCCAAGGUUCUCGGCACUGACCCCAAGGACAUCGACAAGGCCGAGGACAGACAGAAGUUCUCUGAGAUUCUCGACAGCAUCGGAAUCGAUCAGCCCGCUUGGAAGGAGCUUACCUCCGUCGAGGAGGCCGAGACCUUCGCUGACCAGGUCGGCUACCCUGUCCUCGUCCGUCCCUCAUACGUCCUGUCUGGUGCUGCCAUGACUGUCAUUCGCAGUCAGGAGGACCUGAAGGAGAAGCUUGAGGCUGCGGCCAAUGUCUCCCCCGACCACCCCGUCGUCAUCAGCAAGUUCAUUGAGGGCGCUGAGGAGAUCGACGUCGAUGGUGUUGCCUCUGAGGGCAAGCUGAUCCUCCACGCCGUCUCUGAGCACGUUGAGCAGGCUGGUGUCCACUCUGGAGAUGCUACCCUUGUCCUCCCCCCCGCGAACCUUGACCAGACCACCAUGGACCGUGUCAAGGACAUCGCUGAGCGUGUCGCCAAGGCGUGGCGCAUCACCGGUCCCUUCAACAUGCAGAUCAUCAAGGCCGAUAACCCCGAGGGCGGCGAGCCUCUGCUGAAGGUCAUUGAGUGCAACCUCCGUGCCUCCCGUUCAUUCCCCUUCGUCAGCAAGGUCUUGGGCACCAACUUCAUUGAUGCCGCCACCAAGGCUCUUGUCGGCCAGGACGUCCCCAAGCCCGUCGACCUCAUGGCCGUCAAGCGCGACUACCUCGCCACCAAGGUACCUCAGUUCUCCUGGACCCGUCUCGCCGGUGCCGACCCCUUCCUCGGCGUCGAAAUGGCCUCUACCGGUGAGAUUGCUUGCUUCGGCAAGGAUCUCGUCGAGGCCUACUGGACCUCCCUGCAGUCGACCAUGAACUUCCGCAUGCCCGAGCCCGGUGAAGGUCUCCUCUUCGGCGGUGAGCUCAACAAGGAUUGGCUCCCCACCGUCGUCAACUACCUCGCCCCCAUGGGCUACAAGCUGUUCGCCGCCGACGACGAGGUCAAGCAGUUCAUCGAGUCCAGCGCCAAGGGCAAGGUCUCUGUCGAGGUUAUUGAGUUCCCCAAGGAGGACAAGCGCGCCCUCCGCGAGGUCUUCCAGAAGUACGACAUCCGCGGUGUCUUCAACCUGGCCCAGGCCCGCGGCAAGACCGUCAUGGACGUCGACUACGUCAUGCGUCGCAACGCCGUCGACUUUGGCGUCCCUCUGUUCAUGGAGCCCAAGACUUCCAUGCUCUUUGCUCAGUGCAUGAGCGAGAAGCUCCCCCGCAAGGAGGGAAUCCCCUCCGAAGUCCGCCCGUGGUCCAACUUCCUCGGCGGCAAGCCUUUGUAA